AGACAACGCCUUCUACCACACCAUCUGCCUUUCCAGCAUCCCCCUCCACAAACAACUACAACCAUGACAAAGACAAUCGUCGCAACAGGCACCUCAUCAGGCCUGGGUUUCGAAGCAAUUAAGCAAUUGCUGCAGCAAUCGGAGCCUUACAACUUCAUCCUUGGGGCACGAGACACGGCCAAGGUCCAGGCUAAAUAUGAUAGUCUUAACUAUGAUACUUCUAAGCACACCAUUACGAUUUACCCCCUGGACCUCUUAUCCCUGAAGAGCGUGCAGUCCUUUGCAGAAAAGGUCCUUUCAAAGCUGGGUUCGAAGCAACUGGCCUAUCUCUUCCUCUGUGCAGGCACGCUGGACAACGCAAGCGGCCCUGGUCCGAAUGGGUCGCAGUGGUGCGAGGGGUAUGUGGUUAAUCAUUUGGCCCAGCACUAUCUGCUUCAUUUGCUCCGUGACGCGCUGUCUGCCUCGCAGUCACGGGUUGUUGUCGUUUCUUCAGGUGCAAUUCGCAGCGUUAGAGACCAGGAUCCGGCAACCCUCGACGUGGACCUUAAAGCAAACUCCAAAGCGGGUUACCGAGCAGUGUACAGCGCCUCCAAGUUUGUGCAGCUAUUGGGUGCGAUUUACUGGCGCCGCGAAUUGCCCUCGUGCACCGUCAUUGCUGUUUCCCCGGGUUUGAUCCCUAGUACUAAGCUUGCCACGAACAUGGGUUUGACCAUGGAUAUGCCCGAUGCUAAGAGCAUUUCCGAGGGAGCCCAGAACCUUCUUCGCGCCUUUUUCGUGAAUGACUUUCCGUCCGACCCGGAGCAGAUCUUCUUGACUAGCUGGGGAGAGUGGUGGUCGAUGGAUGUGUAUGCCAUGGCUCUUGAUACUGACUUGCAGCAGAAGUGGUGUUUGAGUAGGGAGGAGAUUGAGAAGGCGGAAGGGCUUGUUUGAGGAUCUCGAUAUCCGAGUUGGAUAUAAUAGAUUUCUAGAGAGGGCUAUGCUAUGGAACUCAAUCAUAGAUCAAACUUUUGAUCGAAUAAUACAGCC